UCGCGCCCUUGGCCUCGCUAUACGAAAAACGUGGCCGCCAUGGUUGGAUCUUGGAGGCACGGCGAGUCGCUGAAGCCGUGGUGUACUCGUGAACCUUGGUUUCAUCUUUCAUCAUUCGCCAUCCAUUCACCCAUACAGGCAGACAUAGUCCCCGGCCUCAAGCGAUUGCGCGGACAGAUGGAUGAGAAUUGUUGCCCCAGAUGGUGUCGCAGCUGAAACGCAAUCAACAUAUCUCUAGGAGGGCGCGCCACGAGGUUUUUUAGGGACCACGACGCCACAGGAACCCGGGAUGCCAAAAAGAGCCCUGCCCCUGCCCAGUCGUAGCUCCCGAACGAUAUUCCUUUUGCUGCACAUAUGACUGACAUGCUGCCAUGUCUUAUCUGAUGGUGGGUGGUGGCCUGUUGCGUACAUUCCGGAACUCUACCCGUACGGAUACCACCAAAGGAUCAUGUCGGUUGGCUUCAGACGACGAUGCGCCGUGUCAAUGGCAGGGUGGACGCUGCGUCUCUCCUGUAGCAACCAACCUCAACAAACAGCAACCAAGCCCGAGACCCGACGGGAGGUCACGAGGCGGCGCUGGAGGGGUUACAGAACCUUCAUUUCCCUCCUGGCGACCUGGACUGUGCCAAGCUGCAUCCACGCGCGACUGGGAUGAGUGUCUAGGCCGCAGCGUGUACCAGAGGAGUGACGAUUGCUGUGCGAGAGAGCGAAGGGGCUUCGCGUUGGCGCUCGUACACCGUACUGAUCGUACUGAUCGUGCUGCUCGGCCGUCUUUCUGGCCGCUUGUCAUACCCAGUUGUUGCAAGUCAGGUACCUUGCAUGGAGGCUGUGGGAAACCGCGCGGAUUCGUGGCGUCACCACCUCGAGCUGGACGACAACGUUCAUCUGCAUCCCACAAGUGCGGCAGCGAUGCCAAUGUCGGUUGGACAGAAUCAGAAGACGCCUGCAUCUGUCUUGACGAGGUGUAACUGUCGUCCACGCGUUCCAUGAGAAGGCGGCGUUUUAGCAUUUCG